UACCGAGAGGUCACGAGAGGUGGGAACCAGUAAAAUACUCCUUCCUAUAACUACUACUAAUAAUAUUCAGUCAGGUGUCAAAUCCGGAUGAAUCAAUAGUUAUUAUCAAGAGGUUAUAUCAACGUCGAUCGUUUCAGGGGUUUCGACCUCAACACUACGAAAAUGCUUCUCCGAGACAUAGCCCAGUUCCACGCAGUUCCUCUAGCUCUGAAGUUGAACGAUCCAGAAACAUUCGAGAAGAACGUCAAGGCGUAUCUGGCUUGUUUCCAUCCUCUACCACCUGUUCCGCCAUCCGAUGAAGGUGGCGCACAUUUGAUAUCCCACCUGGAAAAUUCAGAAAAUGUCAGACAUCUUUUACCGAAGCUGCUAGCGUCCAUGAAAUAUUUCGGCAAGCUCGCCACAACAUUUCGGGAACCUUUCGCCACAAUAACGCAUAGAGAUUUGUGGGUGAACAACAUCAUGAUUCGAUUCGAUGGCAAAAAAGCCGUCGAUAGCAAAAUAGUCGAUUUCCAAAUGUAUAGUUACGACAGUCCUGCUACAGAUUUGUUCUUCUUUCUUUGCACGAGUGUCGAAACUAGUACCCUCAAAGCUCACUUCGACGAACUUAUCAUAUAUUAUCAUAAAGUAUUCGUAGAAAUAUUAGAAUCGCUCAAUAUUGAUACAGCGCCAUUUUCCUAUGACCUAUUUCUGGACGAAAUAGCUGCAAGUGUCGAGAGAGAACUGGCGCAUAGUAUUUUCAUGUUGACUUUCAUAGUUCACGGUAAAAAAGGCGGUCCAGCCGCCGCAGAUGAUCCUUCUAAACCACCAAAGAUGGAAGAAGUUACAAUCAUGCCCGAGACGACAGAAAAAAUAUGUUGGAUACUUGAAGAAUGCGAAAGGAGGAACUGGUUAAAUUUUUAAAGCAUAACAUUUUUAUAAUUUCGAUUAUUCAUUUAUUAAGAAACAAAAACUGCAAAGCACGACGUAGGUGAAAUAGAAGAGAAAUGUGUUGAGUGAUAUGGAAUCGCAAUUUUUUCAUGUUGAAUUUUAUUCUCUGCUGAAUGUCUUCCAAUGUUGAAUUGUAACGUAUCUGCAAAUGGUACAGGUUCCAGUUAACUUCUCUUAUUCGAGGUUGCCGUGCAACUAAUCUGUGACAUCCAACAGUUUCAUUGCCAUUAUAAUUUUCUACUAUAAAUGAAGUAUGACUGAUAUUCAUUAAAAUUAAAUGAAAGAUAUCAUC